AUCCUGCAGCCGCUGGGGCCCGAGGGCGCAGCUCGGCGGAGGCCUGGCCAGGCCGGGCCGAGCGCAGCAGGCCGGAUCGCGCAGCGCGCCAGGGAAGGUCUGGGCUCCGCGCUUCCCGCCCCACACGCCGACGCGCUCGCAAGCCCUCCCUCGGCGCUGGGACCCCUGGCGGACAUGGCCGGCGACGCCGUGCAGAGUGAACCUCGCAGCUGGUCACUGCUGGAGCAGCUGGGUCUGGCUGGGGCAGACCUGGCAGCCCCUGGGGUGCAGCAGCAGCUGGAGUUAGAGCGAGAGCGGCUGAAGCGGGAAAUCCGAAAAGAGCUGAAGCUGAAGGAGGGCGCUGAGAACCUGAGGCGGGCCACCACUGACCUGGGCCGCAGCUUGGCCCCUGUGGAACUGCUGCUGAGGGGCUCCGCUAGACGGCUUGACUUGCUGCACCAGCAGCUGCAGGAGCUGCAUGCACAUGUGGUGCUGCCCGACCCUACAGCGGGGAGUGAUGCUCCCCAAUCCCUUGCAGAGGGCAGCCCUGUCUGCUCAUCCACCAACCUGAGCCGAGUGGCUGGCCUGGAGAAGCAGCUGGCCAUUGAGCUCAAGGUCAAACAGGGGGCAGAAAACAUGAUCCAGACCUACAGCAAUGGCAGCACCAAGGACCGGAAGCUGCUGUUGACGGCCCAACAGAUGCUGCAGGAUAGUAAGACCAAGAUUGACAUCAUCCGCAUGCAGCUUCGCCGGGCGCUACAAGCACUCCAGGCUGGCCAGCUGGAGAGUCAGGCAGCUCCUGAUGAGGCCCACGGAGAUCCAGACCUGGGAGCCGUAGAGCUACGCAUUGAGGAGCUACGACACCAUUUUCGAGUAGAGCAUGCAGUGGCAGAAGGCGCCAAGAAUGUCCUGCGUCUGCUCAGUGCUGCAAAGGCCCCAGACCGCAAAGCAGUCAGCGAGGCUCAGGAGAAAUUGACUGAGUCCAACCAGAAGCUGGGCUUGCUGCGGGAGUCACUGGAGAGGCGCUUGGGGGAACUGCCUGCUGAUCACCCCAAGGGACGCCUGCUUCGGGAGGAGCUCACUGCGGCCUCAUCGGCAGCCUUCAGUGCAAUACUGCCUGGGCCCUUCCCUGCCACUCACUACAGCACCUUGAGCAAGCCUGCACCACUCACAGGGACCCUGGAAGUACGAGUGGUGGGCUGCAAAAACCUUCCCGAGACCAUCCCUUGGAGCCCUCCCCCCUCAGUCGGGGCAUCUGGGACCCCCGACAGCCGCACUCCUUUCCUGAGUCGUCCAGCUCGGGGCCUUUACAACCGAAGUGGAAGCCUUAGUGGACGGAGCAGCCUCAAGGGGGAGGCAGAGAAUUCCACUGAGGUCAGCACCGUGCUCAAGCUGGACAACACUGUGGUGGGGCAAACAGCCUGGAAGCCAUGCGGCCCCAAUGCCUGGGACCAGAGCUUCACCCUGGAGCUGGAGAGGGCUCGGGAGCUGGAGUUGGCUGUGUUCUGGCGUGACCAGAGGGGUCUGUGUGCUCUCAAAUUUCUGAAGUUGGAAGACUUCUUGGACAAUGAGAGGCAUGAGGUGCAGCUGGACAUGGAACCCCAGGGCUGCCUGGUGGCUGAGGUCACCUUCCGUAACCCCAUCAUCGAGCGGAUCCCUAGGCUCCAAAGGCAGAAAAAAAUUUUCUCCAAGCAGCAAGGGCAGACAUUUCAGCGUGCCAGACAGAUGAACAUCGAUGUGGCCACCUGGGUGCGGCUGCUCCGGAGACUCAUCCCGAACGCCGUGGCCACUGGCUCCUUCAGCCCCAAUGCAUCUCCAGGCUCUGAGAUCCGGAGCACUGGAGACAUAUCCAUGGAGAAAUUGAAUCUCGGUGCUGACUCAGACAGCUCGUCCCAGAAGAGCCCCGCAGGGCUGCCCUCCACCUCAUGUAGCCUGAGUUCUCCAACCCACGAAUCCACCACCUCUCCAGAGCUGCCUUCAGAGACCCAGGAGACCCCAGGCCCUGGCCUGUGCAGUCCCCUGAGGAAGUCGCCCCUGACGCUUGAGGACUUCAAGUUCCUGGCAGUGCUUGGUCGGGGUCACUUUGGAAAGGUGCUGCUGUCUGAAUUCCACUCCAGUGGGGAGCUCUUUGCCAUUAAAGCCUUGAAGAAAGGUGACAUUGUAGCCCGGGAUGAGGUUGAGAGCCUGAUGUGUGAGAAGCGGAUUUUGGCGACCGUGACCAGGGCAGGACAUCCCUUCCUGGUGAACCUUUUCGGCUGUUUCCAGACCCCAGAGCAUGUGUGCUUUGUGAUGGAGUACUCAGCCGGUGGGGACUUGAUGCUGCAUAUCCACAGCGACGUGUUCUCAGAGCCUCGGGCUGUCUUCUAUUCGGCCUGUGUGGUGCUGGGACUGCAGUUCCUCCAUGAACACAAGAUUGUCUACAGGGACCUGAAGUUGGACAAUUUGCUCCUGGAUACUGAGGGCUACGUCAAGAUCGCAGACUUUGGCCUCUGCAAGGAGGGGAUGGGCUAUGGGGACCGGACCAGCACAUUCUGCGGAACUCCGGAGUUCCUGGCGCCGGAAGUGCUCACAGACACAUCCUACACUCGAGCCGUGGACUGGUGGGGACUGGGUGUAUUGCUCUAUGAGAUGCUGGUUGGAGAGUCUCCGUUCCCUGGGGACGACGAGGAGGAAGUAUUUGACAGCAUCGUCAAUGAUGAGGUUCGUUAUCCCCGCUUCCUGUCUGCGGAGGCCAUCGGCAUCAUGAGAAGGCUACUGCGGAGGAACCCAGAGCGGAGGUUGGGAUCCACUGAGCGUGAUGCAGAAGAUGUGAAAAAACAGCCUUUCUUCAGGACUCUGGACUGGGAUGCCCUGCUGGCCCGUCGCCUGCCUCCACCCUUCGUGCCUACACUUUCGGGGCGCACAGACGUCAGCAACUUCGAUGAGGAGUUCACUGGGGAGGCCCCCACACUGAGCCCUCCCCGGGAUGCACGGCCCCUGACAGCUGCGGAGCAGGCGGCCUUCCGGGAUUUCGACUUUGUGGCAGGAGGCUAUUAGCCCUAAGCCCCUGCCUUGCCCAAGAGUUCUUGGUUUUUAAAAAAGCCUUUGGGGUUUACUCCAUACAUGCAU